UUAAAAAUUAGCCCGGAAUUAUUAUAUAAGAAGAGAGAUUUAUUAUUUAUAAUAUUAGAUAAUAAAGAAAGAGCUCUAGCUUGGGAUUUUAGCUAUUUAAGGCUAUUAAAACCAGAAGUAUCUUUGCUAUUAGAGAUUUAUACUAUUUUAUAUAAAGCUUGGCAGGAACUUAGCUUUUUAGUACUAAGGGUAUUAGCCCUAGUAAUUAAUAAGCUUAUAUAG